AAACUUGAUGUCAUACACGCGGCAACGAAUAGAAAGUUCUGGACUGAAAGUGACUCAAAUCUGACUAAUCCAUGCUGGUCACUAUUAAAAGGCAGGGGUACACCAGGCUUUCAACAAUACAUACGUAGAAAGGGCUGGAUGAGAGACUCCUUAACCAGCUCUCUACUCUCUCUACGAUCCAUCUCAUCUGCCCAGGCCUGGUAGUCAUUAAGAAAGCCAUGAUGGAUCUGCAAAGAGGCAUUUUGCUCAUUUCCGCCAUUAGUGCAAUUGCUGGAGCAUGCCCAAAUGAAUGCCUUUGUCGAGACAAUAAGGUCUUAUGCCAAGGUCGACUCGUCACAGAGUUCCCAUCUGCAAUCCCUGCUGACACCAGUGCCCUGUUAAUAUCAAACGCAAACAUCUCCACACUGAAGCCAUCAGAUUUUACAGACUUUGCUGAAUCCAUCACUUUCUUUGCUGUGAGGGACACGGAUCUGAAAGAAGUGCUUCAAAACACGUUUGACCGCACUGUCAAUCUGAUUAAACUGUACUUACAGCGCACACAACUGGUGACCUUUCCUGAGGACGUAUUUCAGACAUUACAGUCAUUGCAAGAACUACUUUUAAAUGAAGGUAACUUACAGGCUCUACCUCCCACUCUGCUCUCACCUCUUAAAGAACUGCUUGAAUUAGAUUUGAGCAAAAACCAGCUGGCGGCAGUGCCAGACACUGCCUUCAGUGGACUUCAUCAGCUCAGAUACCUGCGACUGAACAAAAACCUCCUUGAAGAGCUCCCAGCCAACAGCUUUGAUGACCUUGAGAAUCUAGAAGUCUUGGCACUGCAAGACAACCACAUCACUCAACUGCCCGCAGAUUUGUUCUCUAACGUUCAGAACCUUAAAAGCCUGUAUCUUUCUGGAAACAGAAUUUCUGUGCUCCCCGACGGGAUCUUUGCAAACCUGCCAAAUCUUACCAGACUGCCCUUAUAUAGCAAUGAGCUACAGGAGUUGUCUCGUGGAAUUUUCGGACCAAUGCUUAUUGAUGACCUGUGGCUCUAUGAUAACAAGUUAACCAGGCUGGAAGACGGUGUUUUUAGCAAUCUGACCAACGUGAAGCUUCUGGUGCUCAGCCGAAACCAGAUCGAGUCUGUCUCUGUUGGUGCCUUCAGUGGCAUGAUUGGCCUACAGGAAAUAUCCCUCCACACCAAUCGCAUCACCAAUUUGGAAAAGGGCACAUUCAGUGGACUCCCCAAGCUGGCUAAUAUUUCAUUGGAACACAACAACAUUGAGUCGAUCUCCGGAGAUGUUCUGUACGGCGUGUCCCAUUUACACCAACUGGACUUGCGAAACAACUCCCUCCAACAUCUCGACCCGGACUUUUUGGAUGCUCUACAGGUGGUCGACGAGGUGCUUCUGGUGUCCAAUCCCUGGAAGUGUGACAAGGACAUCGUCCCUUUCAGGGACUGGUUGAUAAAGUUUCCACAAAAAGUGCCAAACAUUGAGGCCCUAGUGUGCCAGACACCAUUUGCUCAUGCAGGCUCUCUUAUUCGUAACCUACCAGAAGAACAUGUCAUCGAGCCAACGACCCAAACCCCAACUGUAUCGGACUACUCUGUAGUAACCAAUACUGUAACAGACGACUCUGAAGUAACCCCAACUGAUAUGAGAAGAAAACCACACACACCCCCAGCAAAGAGGAGCACACUCCCUCCCGCCGUCGCCAGCACCACAACAAAGCCGAAUGAGGUGGAGGGCGCGACCACUGGGCCGGAGAGUAACACGAGCCAGAUCGAAGACAGCCAUUGGAUCAUCAUAGCAAUAGUCGGCACAGCUGUCAUUGUCAGUGCCAUUUUAGGUGUGGCCUUUUGGAAGAGGCACAAGAGAGAUAGUAGGGACUUGAAUCGGCGGUCGAAGUCAAACUCAAACUCAGUAAUUUAGAGCAUUCUCCAAAUGCCUUAACGCCAUGUACACUGUUCCAGGACAUCUGUCUUCUGUUUUGAUUGGGCUUUGCUGCCCUCAACAAAAGGCUGACUGUCCCCACCAUGUUUUUAUAGGGCUUGAAAGCAGGAAUCCUACUGGAAUGAAGGCCCUUUCGCACAAAGAGGUUAGGUUUUUCUAUGGACAAAAAAGAUUUGAUGUAUUUUUAUUCUCUUUAUAUUAUGCUUCAGCUUUGAAAUGUUCUGUAUAUUUUGAUUAAGAGUGUGUUCUUUUACCUCACUAUCUCAUUUUUGAAUAUCAGUAUUUAAAUUUCAUUUGAACAACAUCUUUUUCCGUUCACAAUCUGCUGUAAAAAAAGAAACAUGCUUUUCUAUGACGAAGUAUGACAAAGUAACACCUGGCUUCAUGAUGUCAAAGUUUUAUGACUUGGCUUGGCUGAACAUUAAAGUGUUUCUUCAAACAUAUGAGACCUAUUUUAGUACUAGUCAUGACCAGUAUAUCCUUACACUCUGCGGAACAUGUGGUCUAUAGCAAAGAACUCUAAAUUAAGAUCAGAGACUUGAUGUACAGUAUUUAUUAUGCCAUGCCAAAAUCGGUACCCCAAAGUGAGUUUUGCCGCAGCGUUACCUUGCCUCUGUGAAAAGAUGUCACGGGGUUUAACUUGUGCAAUCAUUGUAUUGGUUUCAUGUUUACACAUUUAAAACAUGCAUUUAUAAUGCAUCCUCUUCUCGGCAAAAUGUGUCAUUGUUCACAUUUUUCUACUCAACCUAUGACGCAGUAUUACCGUAUACUGCACACAAUUACUGUAGUUGAGGUGAGUGUUCCCAGGAAAGCGAUGUGCCCUGUUGCAGUAUUACCCUUGUGGAGGCACACACACAUGGAGGCAAUUACGGCGUCAUGUGACCCCAAGGUGGGUGGAGUUGCUUAGUGCAGCCUUCACGCUAACCCUUUUAUGAGUGCGUUCCAAUAUGUGACCUUGCGUCCUCCACUUGUGCUUGUGGCCUCGCCCCGCCUCCUGGACCUUCCUCUGUGGAGAAAACAAUAAAGUUUCCCAGCUGUCAGCCAAGCCACAACAACUUUUGGGGGACUGUUUUUCAUUCACCAUCCAGUUUGCAAAUGAGAAAAGGACUUUACAAUUGAGCUUUAGCAAGAUAUUGAAAUACAAUGCUGUUAUCAGUGAUAUCAUCACGACCUGGUUUGAGGCCACAAGCACAAGUGGAGGACGCAAGAUCGCAUAUUGGAAUGCACUCUAUGGGAAUCUGAUACUACGGCGUAGCAUUAAAUGGAACAUGUUUAAGCAUGCUGUCAUGAUUUCAAAGAAAUGAUUUGACAAGCAUGCUACCUUGUAAAAAAUAUAAUUGGCAAUAAAUAAACAAAGCAACAAACAGAAGAGAUGUACAAACUAUGCAUUUCAUACUGGAUGUCAGGAAAAAUGCUGCUGUAUAAUGACUAGAGUGCAUAAUAGGUGUGGAAGACAUGAAUAAACCAAUGUUAUUCAUCACAAUCACUUAAAUUACUUGUAAAUAAAAGCCACACAUUUAA